AUGGUCGCGGUUUCCGUUAUCCUCCCCAUCGCAUUCUUCGUUUUGCUGUUCUCGCUCCCGCUCUUCAUCCCCGCGAUACAGCUCGGAAUAGCAGCCGCGGUCGGGACCGCAGGGGCAGCUUUCGCCCUCAUCGCGACUAUAUUAGGAGCGGCAUGGUCGUUUGGGCUGCUCAAUCGCGGAUCCAGUUCCCGCAGCAGUGAUAAAGCCGGUCGCGGUGGAAGGCGGGGGAAGAGAGGGAAGCGCAGCAGUGAUUUUGAAAGCGAGAUGAUGGAUUACCUUGACUUGAGCCCCAAGGAGCGGGAGAAGAUGAAGAAGGCGCUGAAUAAGCUUGGCGUGAGGAGGUGGUUCAAUGGCGCCUCAAGUGAGGAUAAUGAAUGGAAGAAGUGGGUAGACUACAUUGAGUGCAGUGAGGACGAGGAGGAUAGGGCUGAUGGGAGGAGGGUCAGGGAACGAAGGGAUGCAGGAGGUGAAACGGAAAGCUUUUUCAUGAGUAGCGAUAACAAGCGUGGUGGUAGUAAGAAGGGGAGUGGCAGUGGGACAGGGGUAUGGCUGGAGGAAGAGGAGCGGAAGCGGAUGAAGAAGUUUGACGAGAAGCUGAUUGAGAAGAGUGUGCGGAAGAUGGGAGAUCCAUCUUCUUGGUCAGUAGAUCAGGUGGCUUCCUGGCUUGAGCUGCAAGGCUUUGGUGCAUAUGCAGACACUUUCAAGGAACAACGCGUCUGUGGUGGGGUUCUGCUCAACCUGACAACGUCCGAGUUACGGGACGAUUUAAGCGUGAAGAGUCUUGGUGAGAGGAAGUUGAUGCUCGAGAGCAUACUGGAAUUGAAAAAGAUUGGGGAUUCGGCGUCAAGAUAG